AUCAACCGACAACAUCAAAAGUUCACACAGCAACAUGAAGAGGGAACAGUUGAUGUCUCAGGUGGCGGUACUGCUACUCGUGGUGCUGCCAGCAGUAUUGGCCAAAGUCGGGGAACCAGGAACCGGGAAGAGAGUCCCCAAGCAAGUGCACACCAAAGGAUCCGUGGUCGAUUCCGAUUCUGACCACAACGCCGCGGAGACAGGCUUUGGGGCCGCGGGUAUAGGAGGACACGGGAAAUAUUUCCAGGACUUCUACAUGCUGAAGUCCGGCCCAGAUCAGAUCGAGUUUGGGCAUGUGUGUGAGGACCCUCACGAAUGGCAGCAGCGCUACGAGAAGAAGGACCUAGCGAAGCAACGACAUCAGGGACAGGUCCGUUGGGGAGACAAGCAUGGAGGGUAUGGAGAGCAUUACUGGGACUACAACCACGCUGGACAUGGAGGAGAAGGUGGUGACGACGCAGGAAGUGACGGAGGUUACAGCGAGCCCGUGCCUCAAUACCACUCUGCCGGUGCCAAGGUGACGGCCAAGCGCCAAUCCCCUGAGACGUCCAGCAAGGAUGAUCAGCGUGUCAAGAGGCAGAAGAACAUCGACACACCGCGUCUUGUGUUCGAUGUUGCCACAGGGCAAGUGAUCGACGAGGAGACUGGACAGGUGUUCCUGCUUCAACCUGUCAACUAGACGACCCUCAUUCCUCCCGAAGGGGCAGAGACUUGCUGACUCAUAGCCCUGCUGCAUGCGUUAUUAUACAGAGUGGACAGUUUGUCGCUAAACCUGCCCCUGAUGGCUACCUCCUGUGCCGAAAAUCCGCCAGGUUUACAACGCUAGGGCCACGGGCAAACCGGGCACUCUUUAAAAAUACUCAGAAUUCAGAUCACUAACUUCGAAUCAGCAUCUUAAUUAUCCUUUCUCGAAAAUAAUUGUCUAGUUAAGAAUUCAUUAAGAUGGAUCUCCAUUCCUCUUAUACACUUUCGUGUGCCUGAACACAGGAUCACCUUUAACGUUGCCUAUUUAAGGACGCAUACAGCAGGCUCAAAACGAAAUUUGCAAGUCUCUGUAACUGAUUUUCACGUCAGGCCAGAAUGUGUACAUGAAAUUCAAGUGACGUUUUAGGUCUCAGCUGUCACUAGAUCUGUUCACACUGCAAGAAAACCGAGACCAACGAUAGAUUCACACAGUAAGAAAGUUAAGUUCAGACAUGAAUGGGAAUUCUUACGUAUAGGCUACAUAUUAACCGAGAUUCAUCUGAUCAGUUACUUGUACCCACUAAAGGGAGGUUUAGGUAACCUGUCGUUGAAAAGGUAUCCUACGAAAGCGCGAAAUCAUGAAGGAAACACUAUGGCCCCUUCCUGUGACGUGUUACACACAGCAACAGCCAUUGAAACUGAUGAGCUAAUCCUAAAUGUCAUGGGAACAUCAUUAUUAAUCUCUGCUUCUGUAAAGACAAACAAGUUUUGUCUAUCUAGAAUAGUUCUUUCAAAUAUGAGAUUACUUUUGUUAAACGAUAUUGUAUAUUUUAUAUAUUUUUUAGAGUUUGUUACGUUUUUACAACGAUUUUUGUUAAUAAAUAUAUGUUAUCGCUUAA